CCAAUUAUCCAGUCCAGUCCGCGCCCCAUGUCCCCUCUCUCGGCUCCAACCCCGCCUACCCCCACGAAAACCUAACUGUCGAUGUCCAGCCUCUAGGGUUUCCGACCCCCCAAAUCCCCUUCUUUCGCUCAUUUCCAGGGUUCCUCGAUCUUCUUGGAACGCUAUUCUUCUCCAUAUUCUCCUACCAUCCCCAAAUUCUAGUACUUUCCGAUCAUUUUAAGCCCUGGAAUUCGGUUUAUCUCCAAAUCUCGAUUUGUUCACCUCGAUCUGCUGCUAAUUUUUUGGCAAAUUUCUGAGGAAUGGCGGCGAGCCUGACGGCGAAUGCGAUCGCGGUGGUGAACGGCGGGGAUCUGAACCUGAAGCCGGUGGUGCAGGUUUUGGAUGUGAGGCUGAUAUCGGCUGCCCAGGAGCGGUACCGGAUGGUGGUGUCGGACGGGUCGGCGACGCAGCAGGCGCUGCUGGCGACGCAGCUCGGUGUACUUGUCAAGGCGGAGAAGGUGAAGAAGGGCUCGGUCGUUCAGUUGCUCGAGUACAUCUCUAGCACCGUCCAGGGUCGAAGGAUUAUUAUUGUUCUGAACAUGCAAACGUUAGUCAUAGAGUGUGAGAUAAUUGGGAAUCCUAAUCUGCCUCCAGAAGCUGCAGAAAUCACUCUGCAGGCAUCAUCUAAUAACAAUUUUGGUAACUCAAAAGGAGCAUCACUCAGCAGGGCAGGAAUUGUAUCCAGUUCAGGAACAAACCCCGGCAACAACGUUCAGAGUUUCCACCCAACCGUCCAACCAUCUUACAAGCCUCCACCAAAUUACAAGAACCGUGGGGCAAUCAUGAAAAAUGAGGCUCCUGCACGGAUAAUUCCGAUAGCUGCUCUGAAUCCUUAUCAGGGGCGAUGGGCCAUCAAAGCAAGAGUGACUGCAAAGGGAGAGCUUCGGAGGUAUAACAAUGCCAGGGGAGAUGGGAAAGUGUUCUCCUUUGACCUCCUUGAUUCUGAUGGAGGAGAGAUACGUGCAACCUGUUUUAAUGCUGUAGUUGACCGUUUCUAUGAGAUUGUGGAUGUUGGGAAGGUUUAUAUGAUAUCUAAGGGAACUCUGAAGCCUGCUCGGAAGAGCUUCAACCAUCUUAACAAUGAAUGGGAAAUAUUUUUGGAGUCAACAUCAACUGUAGAGCUCUGUCCUGAUGAGGACAACUCCAUACCAACACAACAGUUUAAUUUCAGACCAAUUAGUGAAAUUGAGAAUGCAGAGAAUAACUCAAUUGUGGAUAUUAUUGGCAUAGUGACAUCAAUUAAUCCUUCAGUCACUAUAUUGAGGAAAAAUGGUAUGGAAACUCUGAGAAGGAUACUAAAUAUGAAAGAUGUGUCUGGUCGAAGUGUUGAGUUAACUCUAUGGGGAGACUUUUGCAACAGAGAAGGUAGGCAACUGCAAGAAAUGCUCGACUCUGGGAUUUUUCCAGUAUUGGCUGUUAAGGCAGGAAAAGUAAAUGACUUCAGUGGAAAGUCUGUUGGAACAAUUUCUUCUACACAACUCUAUAUAGAUCCUAAUUCCUCUGAAGCUCAUAGCUUGAGAAAGUGGUUUGAUGGAGGAGGAAAGAAUGCUGCCUCUCAGUCUAUCUCCAGGGAUGCCAUGCCAGAGCUUUCUCCGAAUGAUAUCCGGAAGAAAGUGUCACAGAUCAAACAUGAGGGUCUUGGAAGGGGUGAUAAACCUGACUGGGUGACAGUGAAAGCUACCAUUUCGUUCAUCAAGACUGAUACUUUCUGUUAUACAGCUUGUCCUCUGAUGAUUGGUGAUAGACGAUGUAGCAAGAAGGUGUCGAGGCUGGCUAGUGGAAACUGGUGUUGUGAUAGGUGUGAUAAAGAAUUUGAAGAGUGUGACUACAGGUAUCUUCUUCAGGCCCAGGUGCAAGACCAUACAGGACUAACUUGGGUAACAGCCUUCCAAGAGUCAGGGGAGGAGAUUUUAGGUUGCUCAGCAAAGGAGCUAUACAUGCUAAAAUAUGAAGAGAAUGAUGAUACUAGGUUUGGGGAGAUCAUACGUCGUAGUCUCUUUCAGCAGUACCUAUUUAAGCUCAAAAUAAAAGAAGAACACUUUGGAGAUGAGCAGCGAGUGAAAAUCACAGUCAUUAAGGCAGAGAAAGUGAAUCCAUCCACCGAGAGCAGAUACCUACUAGAUUUGAUCUUAAAGCAUUCUGCAUGAAUGCAAAUCUUUCAUGAAAUGAGCAGUCCUUCAUUCAUCACUGUGGGACAUACGGCUUUUCUGAUUCUGAUUUAUUGUAAGGUUCUAGAGUUGACUCGAGAAGAAUUUGUGUUCAUACCCAUAUAUUUGCUUGAUUCAAUGGCUUGGAAAUUAAAGAUUCUUUUAAUAAAUGACACGUCGACAAUUUACCACUGCA